CUGUGAAGUAGUUGAUCGUGAAUCGAAGGCUGAGGAGGACGCGUUUGAUCUGGCAUCGGCGAUUAGUUAUACUGUUGUGAAACCCAACUCUAAAGAAAUGUAACAGUGCUAUGAUAGUGGAUGUUUGUACCGGAGGAAUGCAAAUAAUUUAAACUGAGAUUUGUAGGAUUGUGGUAGAUUAUUCUGUUCCCCCAUUUGGAGUGGCGGGAAAAGGCCAUUGACUGGCAAGCGAGCGGACGGUGCAGGAGUAGAACAGACUUUUUUUGUACCACGUGUAAGGAACAAGACAACAAACACUGUUGCGUCUCAUCACUUCGUAUUGGUGAAAGGUUGCUUUCUAGUGCUGCUAAUUGGACUGUGUCCGCCUCGUUCAGACUUGGAAUUGUUGGUUGUUGACUCGCCUUGAAAAUGAAUGGACCAGAGAAGUGUUCCCGUGGGAAUUCAAUAGUUUCAGCGGUGGCAAGAUUCCUUAAGAUAGGAAACAAGGCCAAAGUGAAGAGAAAGAGAGUUCAGGCAGCAUUACCGCCGCCACAGCAGCAUCUAAUGGCAACUGAACAGGCAGUACUGACCGUUAAGAUGACACCUCAGCGUGGUGUUACAAACACGCCUCUUCACGAGAACACCCCAAACAACUGGCAUCAGGGUCACAAUAAGACGCAACUUACGAACCAUCACAAUAGCACGGAGCAGCAGACCAACCAUCACAGUACGGCCCUAACGCCCAAACGUACACACAGAGAUUAUAUAUUCGGCAAAGUGAUAGGCGAGGGAAGCUUCUCCACUGUGUACCUGGCGAAGGAUAUCCACAAUAGCAAGGAGUGCGCAAUUAAAGUAUGUGAGAAGCGGCAUAUAUUGAGGGAGAGAAAGGGGCAGUACAUAAAAAGAGAGAAGGAAGUGCUCACCAUAUUGAGCCUGAACCACAAUCCCAAAGUUCCAUUCUUUGUGAAGCUUCAGUGCACCUUCCAGGACAUGGAGAGGCUUUACUUUGUAUUGACAUAUGCCAAGAAUGGGGAGCUACUCCCUUACAUCACUAAAGUGGGUUCUUUUGACAUCACCUGCUCCAAAUUCUAUGCUGCCGAGCUGCUUGUAGCACUGGAACACUUGCAUAGUCUUGGCAUCAUUCAUAGGGAUUUGAAGCCAGAAAAUAUUCUUCUGGAUGAAAAUAUGCACAUACUAAUUACAGACUUCGGAUCGUCAAAAAUACUUAAUGAACCCACCAGUCAAGAUGCGGAUGACACUAACCAUAUACAGAGGAGGAAUAGUUUUGUGGGAACGGCACAGUACGUUUCUCCGGAGCUCCUAGCUGAAAAGUCUGCAUCACGCAGUUCAGAUCUGUGGGCCCUUGGAUGUAUCAUUUACCAAAUGGUUUCUGGUUUACCUCCAUUCCGUUCAAGGAGUGAAUACAUAAUAUUCCAGAAAAUACUGAAGCUAGACUAUGAGUUUCCUGAUGGUUUUGCGCCUGUAGCAAGAAGUAUCGUGGCACAGCUCUUGGUACUGGACCCAAGCAAGAGAUUGGGAGCAACUGAUGCUGUAGGUUAUCCAUCUCUUCGUUCACAUCCUUUCUUCACUGGCAUAAACUUCGAUACCCUUCAUGAACAGACACCCCCUCAAAUCUACCCCUAUCUGCCUGGCACAUCAGAGCAUGAGGAACUGCGAAGUCAGUACAGGGUACCGGAUCACUUAGAGCCAGGGCUGGAUGAUAAACAGCUAACUCGGCUUCUGGGCCUCGAUUUGCAAGGUGCAGAGCGCACCCCUGAUCCACCGGAGCGUCCCCGCAAACGAGCUGGACUUACAGACCUUAGUCGUGAAGAAGUGCAGCAACAACUGGAGAAACAGAAGGAGAGUAGUAAAUGGCACAAUCUUGUGGAAGGAAACCUGAUUCUCAAGCAGGGUCUUGUUGAUAAAAGGAAGGGGUUGUUUGCAAGGCGAAGGAUGCUUCUCUUAACACUAGGACCUCAUCUUUAUUAUGCCGAUCCUGUAAAUAUGGUUCUGAAAGGGGAGAUUCCAUGGAGUCCUGAACUUAGAGUUGAACCAAAGAACUUCAAAAUCUUCUUUGUGCAUACGCCUAACCGAACAUACUACCUAGAAGACCCAGAAGGCUAUGCGCUAAAAUGGUGCAAAGCAAUAGAAGAGGUUCGGAUACAUACGUAUGGUCUACCAUCGUAGACAAAUUAGCGACACGCAAGCGAAGGUUAUAGACUCUACUUCGACUAGCGUUCGUUAGGAAAUUUUUACCAAAUUGCUGUUGGAAGUGUGUAAAUUAUAAAGAAGUGGAAGAGAAUAGAUUUGUUAUGUUAUUUAUUGUUUGAAAAGUGUGAAUAUAUGCAGAAGGUGAGGGAAGUUGAAAGUGUAUCCAAGUUAGAAGUGUGUCUGUAUCUAUUUGUAUGAAUGGGACCCAAGAGGAAUGGUCAUAUCAAGCUAAUUUAUAACAUGAAAAUAAUGCAGUGCUGUACAGUAUGUAUGGCAGCCGAGAAGAAUAUGCUUAUGUCAUGAAUUCCGUUUAAGUUAAUUUAAUUUAUUUUUUAAUGUUAGUCCUGUAAACUUGCAAUAAUGUAAAUGGCCUUCAAUAAGCGACAUCAGUUCUUUUAGUUGAACUGAACAUCACGUGCAUUCAGAUGAUGACAGUGUUUGUGUCCGUUGCAAUAUAGUCUGAAGAACUGUCCUUUGGGUGUGUUACUUGAACUUCUUGUGUACCAUAUACAAGAAAUGCAUGAUUUCCAUUAUAGUGUGGAGCUCCUAAUUUGGCUCUUUGCCAAUAAUUUGUCAGUAUUAUUCACAGAAUGUACAGAACUGAGCCAGCACGAUCAUCAAAAGCAAAGAAUUUGUUCAUGUCUGUUGUUUAAACUUUAAUUGAAACCGAUUAUUGAGGUCAUAUAUAGAAUUUUAAUUAUUUGUAUUAUUGUUCUGUGCUGUGUUGUUUCCUCUGUGUAUUAUUGUACAUAUUAUUUAUAAAAUAUUAUUAUAGUAAACAUAUUUCUUGGAGAAAUGA